AAAAAAUUUUUGUUAAUGCUACAAAUUCAUUCUGUUACUUUAACAAAUCAGUUUUUUUAUUGGAACACGACAGUUUUGUUACAGUUACAAACCAUUGCUUGGUCCAACGAAGAAUUUGCUAGCAUUACAAAAACAUUGUAAUCCCAACGAAUGCUUCGUUAUCCGUAUAUUAAGGCAGAAUUUUGUUACCAGUGGAGCGAGAAAGAUCAUUAUCGGGAGCGUUUUUGCUAAUUUCCAAGGUACCAUAGACGUCAUCAUUUAAACUCAGUUUUUAUCUUGAGACUGUCAGUCGUACAGUUACUCUCUUCUGAAGACUACAUCACUAUAACCAACGUUUACCAAUAAUUUAACGUUAAAUUAGUACAAAGUGAAAAGUAAAGUGCUCAAGUUCGUUUUUUAAAAGUUCAUUUGUUAAAUAAACAAUUACCAAUAAUAUCAAAUUCAUCACAAUGGAAUCAAUCCGUGCAAAGUUUACCUACGAAUACGUUACCAACUCCAUAGAACAAGGUCUGAUCGAAGAUAUCAACGCAGUGUUUCCAGACCUGAGUGGCUUAACGUUGCUUCAAAUAGCAGCUUUCAAUAAAGAUACAAAAUUAGUGGACUAUCUGCUCCGCAAAGGAGCUGAUAUAAAUGCAAAAUAUCAAUGCUGUGAUUCACGUUUUGGUUUGGCUAUUAUAUUGAAUAACCUGAGAACAAUGACUAGUCUAGUGAACCAUGGAGCAGACACUUAUGUAUUAAACGAGUUGCCAUUGGACGUUGACGAAUAUUAUGAAAGUAUGUCUGAGUCACAUCCAGACCUUAUCAGUGUGAGUACGAUACUGCUUUCUGAUCGUUGUGCUUUUACCACUAGACCAUUAAAUAUCGCUAUUAAUCAAAUGAAUGUAAAAAUGGUAGAGCUACUUUUAAAAAAUAAUGCUGAUCCGAAUCCCAAAGCUGAUAGUAAUGGAGCACCACUAAUCAUUGCUGCUAUUAAAGGAAAUUUAACAAUUAUGGAACUUCUUCUGGCAUACGGUGCAGAUGUUAAUGUUGUAAAGAAAGAUAUUAAAGAAAGUCCUCUACACAUUGUUGUCCUAAGUCGGAACAGAAGAGCAGUAGAAUUGUUAUUAAAUCAUGAUACGAUUGAUAUAAAUAUGGUGACAGAGAGUAAAGAAUCAGCACUUCAUUACGGAAUGAACUAUACGAUGGACGAUAAUAUCAUAAGGCAACUUCUAGAUGCUGAUAUAAAUAUUAAUUUAAAAAACAGUGAGGGUGAAACAGCAUUUACUUCAAGACUAAAUUAUUCAGAAACAGUUAAUGAUACAAUUACGGAACAUAUUGCGAAAUGUAGUGCGGCGAAUUUUUAUCUCGAUGAAGAAAUUUUAGCGGUCGUAAAUAGUGAAAAAUUUGAUGAAUUAUACGACCAGUGCAUAAGCGAAAUUGAAAAAAUGAAGACAACAUUUUUUCGUACAAGUACUGUUACGUAUCAUUAUGUAUUGUAUACUAAAUGUGUUCACAAGUUAGCGUUGAAAUUAAAAUAUUUUAGCGAUAGUAGUAGUACUUAUUUAGAUUGGGACAUUCGAUCUAUUUUUCCACUAUAUGGUGGAAUGAUGACUUACCGCUUAAAAAAAGCAUUAAGAAGAAAAGAAUUGUUUUUCAAUGCAAUUGAUUUAACUAAUGAUAUUUUCGAUGAACUGGAACUCCCAAGUAUUUUCACGAGGGAUGUUUUUAAAUUUUUAACUAAUGAAGAUUUGAAAAAAUUACAAUGAAAUAUUUAUACGAAUAUUUUUACUUAGUAUUAUUAUUGUUGUAACAAAUCAGUAGUUAUUAUCAAGUUAAUUUAAUGAAUUAAUUUUUAUUACAUGUAUCAUUUUUAUUAUAUGAAACAAAAUACUUUAUUUUUCAAAAUUUGUGUGCAAC